UCGCAUGACAUCACAGAGGAAAGUGGCGGAAUUUUCAAAGGAGAUAAAAAAUCGAAACCACAUUUUGUCGUAAUCUGUUGUUCUGGUAUACAAACAGAGGUGAAGCUGAGCAGUAAGGGAUGGAGACUGCUCUGACGGAAACCUACAACAAGCUUAAUAACCUCCAACUCAAAGACGAACCUGAUUUGAAAAAUGGCCCGUCUUCUCCUGUCAAAGAUGAGGAUUCUGAAUCUAAAGAAAAUGUGAAACCUCGUACAGGAAGUCAGGAUGACUUGGGACAUGAUGACCAGGUAAAAUUUAACCGCCUGGUCACUAAGGCGUCACAGCUGGCGGCAGAUGGACAGGUGAGGAUGGCUCUGGAGCUGAACAAGCGGGCACUGAAGAUACACCACAAAGACAAGCUGGUGCGGCGCAUCCAGAAGAUGGAGGCAUACCUUGAGCAAUAUGAUGAUGGCGAGGAGUCUGGUGAGUCUGAGGGGGAGGACGAUGGAAUGGUCCUGGUUGGUAAUGGGUUCUACCUCUACAGGGACCUGUACAACAAACUGUACGACCACCAAAAGGCAGGUGUCCUCUGGAUGUGGGGGCUACAUAAGAAACGCAAGGGCGGUAUCCUUGGCGACGAUAUGGGCCUAGGGAAGACAAUACAGGUGAUUGCAUUCCUGUCCGGCCUGUUUGACAUGAACAAGGUCCACGCUGUCCUCAUUGUGAUGCCUGUAUCACUCAUUACUAACUGGGAGAAGGAGUUCAAUAAGUGGGCGCCUGGUAUACGAGUGACGCUAUUCCACGGCAGCAGUAAGCGGGAAAAGGAGCGAGCCCUGUGUAAGGUCCAGCGGCGCGGAGGAGUGUGUCUCACAUCCUACGGUCUUGUUGUCACCAGCUCUGAGCAGCUCAGUCAAAAAGAGGGACGCGACUUUGAAUGGGAUUACAUGAUAUUGGACGAAGGUCAUAAGAUAAAGAAUCCUACCAAAACCACUAAGGGAGUACAUGCCAUCGGAGCCAAGAACCGGAUCAUCCUCACAGGAACUCCCGUACAGAACAAUCUGAAGGAGUUAUGGGCCCUGUUUGAUUUUGUCCACAAGGGGACAUUGUUGGGGACGGCGAGGACAUUCAAAAUGGAGUAUGAUACGCCUAUCACAAGGGCAAGGGAGCGAGAUGCAACAUCAGGAGAGAGACGACUGGGGAUUAUGAUGGCCGACAGCUUGAAGGAGAUAAUUGCACCCUACUUUCUCAGGCGAACAAAGGCUGAGGUGGCUAAAAAGGAAAAGACCCUUGGUGAUAGUCCAACCUCUGGGGAGGAAGGUGGCCAGGGGCAGAAACAAAUCAAGAUGCCAACCAUGACCAGAAAGAAUGACUUGAUUGUCUGGCUGUUCCUUACCAAGACCCAGCAACAGAUAUACCAGGACUUCAUCUCACUGGACUCUGUCAAAGAGCUGCUGAUGACCAAGAAGUCGCCUCUGGUGGCUCUGACGGUGCUGAAGAAGAUUUCUGACCACCCUCGCCUGUUGUCCAAAAGAGCGUGUGCUCAGCUGGGGCUCGAUGGGGAAGAUGCGAUGGACAACUCUCUGCUGGAGUCGGAGGAAGGAUUGAGCAGUGCGGCUACAGAGAUCCACAACAUGGACGACAAUACGCUCAUCAACGAGUCGGGCAAACUGAUCUUCAUCGUCCAGCUGCUUACUCAGUUAAAGGCGGAGGGUCAUCGCACACUGAUCUUCUCCCAGUCUCGAAAGAUACUGGACAUCAUAGAGAAAGUCACUACAAACAGGGGUCACAAGGUGAUGCGACUCGACGGCACAGUCAUCCACAUCAGUGAGCGAGAUCAGAGAAUACAUAAAUUCCAAACCGACACUAGCUACACACUCUUCCUACUCACAACACAGGCAGUUAUUUUACGGUUGCAACAAUUGGUUUGCUUUAGUGUUGUAUCAAUGCAAUAUGAAUUAGGUAGCUUUAUAUCAGACAACAGCAAUGGUAACGUAAAAAUAUAUGUUGUUUUGACUUAUUGUAGGUACUUCACGAAGCAGGAGUUGAAGGAACUCUUUAUCCUGGACAAUCCUCGUUGUUCCAAGACGCAGGUUCAGCUUCAGGAGAUGCACCUAGGCUGUCGUAUUUCUGAUACGUCUCUGGACGCUCAUAUAGCAUUCCUCCACUCUCUGGAUCUAUUUGGACUUAGUGAUCAUGACCUGAUGUUUAACAAGGCAAGUGAGUCUAUGGAUGACAAGCCAGAGGACCAGGAGGAACCAGUGUCUAAAGCUCAUCUUGGAGGGGACGACUACAUAGAACACAGGGUUCAGAAAGCACAACAAUUACUGCGAAUGGAGUCGGAGCUUGGAGAGGGAUCAACUCUUGAGGAACGUUUCUCGAAGUAUCCCAGACCAGCAACAAACAGAGAACUGCCCCAGUUCAACUUUGGACCCAGUGAGAGACCAUCCUUUCCAUUCCCAGGGGAGGCGGAACCUGAGAGAAAAUAUAAAGUGGAGCCUGAAAGUGUUGAUUUGACAACGAUGGAGUCACCUGACCAUUCAGGUGGUAGCGGUGGUGAUAGUGACGACCCUAUUGUCUUGGACACCUCUGCAGAUGACCUUGAGGUCAAGGACAUAGAAGAGAAGAUUGCAGACAUGUCUAUUCAGAUAACCGAGCCCCCGGAGGAGAAACAUGACGUGGUAGAAAUUGAUUCUGAUGUUGAAGAAUUGCCGGCACCUCGAGAUGAAAACGACUCAGAUAUAGAAGAGUUAUUAGAAUUUCCAAACAGAAAUGAGGACAACUUCAUACCUGUUAAACAGGAGACUGAUACUGUGCAAAAUAUAAAACAGGAAACUGACACUCCACAUAGUAUAAAACAGGAAACUGUCCAGUUAGAAAGGCUAGAGAGCUCUCCAAACAAGGGAGAAGACUGUGAUAAUGAAAUGGAAGAGGAGGAUUACCCAACAAGUAAAUCACCAGCAAAGAACUUCUCAAGUUUAAUGGACAAUUCUAUGACACAUACACCUGAUAAAACUUCUUUUGCCACCUGUGAAACAAUAGAGACGAACACUCCAAACAGCCAAGGUACUAGGACUCCUGGUAGCUCGACAAAGAAAACUCCUGUAACCAUGGCGAUGACAACACCGAAGGGGCGUAGUAACAAGAGGAAAAGUGUCUCCCACAGUCCCUGGUUGUCACGGACACCAAAGUCUGGUAAAUACAGCCCAGUCCUCAAUGAGGAGAUAUUUAUAUCACCCGACGCAUCUCGCCCCAUCGUAAAGGUGGAACCAAAACCCAUGUCAUCGUUAUUUCGGAAUGUGUCGGACGCCAACACACCCAAGGUGCGUAAACCCCUAUCCUUGAACACCACCAUCUUUUCAGCCUUCUCCACGGACAGUCCUGAUGUACAGAACGAAUCUUCCAGCUCCAGCUCAUCUCGUUCCUCUGAGCUAGGUAAGGGAGAGAUGGAUGACCUCCACAUGACCUUUGUUGGAGAUUCACCUAACACUCAGAAAGCCAUAAAGCGAGAUCUGUACACCACAGUUGUGGUGAAUUCCAGCGAGGAUGAAGAUGAGGCGUCUGGGAAUGACACACCAAGUGUAAUAGACUCUGUAGGAAAAUCCUCACGCCUAGGUCGGGCAGCCGUAGUGGCUGAAUCGGAUGAGGACAGCUCUCCUCUCAAAGGAAGAGACUGUCCUGAAGCAAUGUCUGAGGAUGAGGCUUUGGAAACAGCGAGUGGUAAUACGUCAAUGGGCAGCACAUCUGGUGAUAGAUCUGAUCUCAAUAUGUCUACAGACAGUCCUUUACCAACCAUUAGGAGGCAAAAUAAGGUGAGGAAAGCAGUGAUAGAAAGUUCUGACGAGGAAGGGAGUCAUGAUGGCUCUGGAGAAAGUGAUAAUCACUCCAGAAUGUCGUCAAAGAAAAGUGCAUCAGUAAAUUCGGAGGACGAAACGUCUCCCCAACAGAAAAAUUCUAGAAAAAAUGUGAUUGAAAGUUCAGAUGAAAAUGAAAGCUAUCAGGAUUUCAGAAAUGAAAACUUCUCUGAUGAAAAACAGACCUCAAGAAAACAUUUAAAGAAAAAUAUUGAAGGCAGCUCAGCGGAGGAAACCUCUGAUGAGGAAGAUACAAACACACGACAAAAAUCUGCCAAAAGAUAUGACGACGAAGAAACAGACGACAGUGAAGAAGAGGACUCGGCCAUGAGCAGUUUUAUCAAUGAUGAAGAAGAUGAAAGUGGGGAGGAAAGUGAUGACAGUGAGGAGGGAGAGACAAGUGAAGAGGAACAGGAGGCCAGGACCACAAAAAGAGGUCCUCAAAAGUCGGCAUUUGACAGACUGUCGGAGGACAUGAGGACGAUGUAUAAGGAGCUUGUUCAGUCUGGCAGAUCACUUUUGAAAUCUUGUGAAUAUGAAGAAGCUCUAGCUAAUGUGCUCCAGGCCUUAGAGAUAUGUCCUGAACCCUCGACACAGGCCCUCGCUCUCACCAUCCACAAGGCAAUGGAGGGCUGAAGGCUGUAGCUAUAUAGGUAGAGCAUGGAUAGGCUCUGUGGGAGCAACGGUCAGAUCAGUUCUAUUGAUAGGACAAGUGGCUACGAUGGAACAAGUCAACUGUCAGUUAUGUGGGUUUGACUGUCAAGCUGUGUGGAUACCACAGCUGCAGUCAAGUGAACGGUUAGGUCAGUCCAAGUGGUUCUGUUGAAACUGUCAGUCACAUGGAUAUGACUGUAUAGCUGUGUGGAUACGACAGUCGCAGUCAAUUGAACGGUUAGGUCAGUCCAAGUGGUUCUGUUGAACCUGUCAGUCACAUGGAUAUGACUGUAUAGCUGUGUGGAUACGACAGUUGCAGUCAAUUUGAUGACGAGGUCAUUCUGUGGACUGUGGAACAAUAGACGUUAUCUAUCUGUAAAUCAUAAAUGCUUUUGAUUGACUUCUCCUGAAUGAAAUAUAUUGGUAAUACGGUAGUCGUGUUGAGUGACUUCUCCCGACUGAAAUAUAUUGGUAAUAGUCGUGUUGAGUGACUUCUCCCGACUGAAAUAUAUUGGUAAUAGUCGUGUUGAGUGACUUCUCCCGACUGAAAUAUAUUGGUAAUAGUCGUGUUGAGUGACUUCUCCCGACUGAAAUAUAUUGGUAAUAGUCGUGUUGAGUGACUUCUCCCGACUGAAAUAUAUUGGUAAUAGUCGUGUUGAGUGACUUCUCCCGACUGAAAUAUAUUGGUAAUAGUCGUGUUGAGUGACUUCUCCCGACUGAAAUAUAUUGGUAAUAGUCGUGUUGAGUGACUUCUCCCGACUGAAAUAUAUUGGUAAUAGUCGUGUUGAGUGACUUCUCUCGACUGAAAUAUAUUGGAAAUAGUCGUACUGAGUGACUUCUCCUGACUGAAAUAUAUUGGUAAUAACUUUAUUGUCUUUAGUUGGUGCCGAGUGACCCCUGCUGUGAAUGUAUUUGCCAAAGUUGAUGUUGAGCAACUACUACUGACUGAAAUAUAUCACCUGUAGACAGUGUUAAGUGACUUUCGGUAUUUUAAAUGUUUCAUUCAUUGUCGGUUUUGAAAAAUUUCUGCCGACUGUAAACGAAAAGGCCCUGACUACAAACCCCUUUGGCUGUACUGAGUACUAACAUGUGGAGUGAAACACACACGUUCUGUUGUUACCAGGGUCAUUACCCUAUCGACACAUUAAAUCUAUUUUUUUAUGAUGAACUUUUUCCUUUUUUACAAGAUAUGUAGAAAUAUGAGUAUGUCUUUGUUUAUUACCCUAGAUUAUUAAUCAUUUUGAUUCCAUGGACAUCAAUAACUUGUUUUAAGUUUUCAUAAUCAUAAAAAUAUCACUGAUUUAAAAGUUACUUCAUUUUGUUUUUUAAGCUGAUGAAGUUUCAUAGAAUUGAAUGUUGUAGGCAACAUUUCUACAGUGUGAUCAGAUCGAUGGCGUUUUGAGAAAGGACAGUUUUCAUACCUUGAAAGUAACAACAAAAAUCUGUAUGGAGUUUCCCAGGUUUUCGGAUAGAAUACUGUGAAAUCACUAAUUUUGGUGGGGUUUUAAUAUUGUCGAUUUCAUGGGUAUUCUUCUUUCACACAUUCGUAGGUCUACAAAGAUAAUUACAGGUUUUACAUCAAGCUAUUCUCUGUAAGAGUUGGUACUCAUCUUCCACGAAUUCAUGUAUCCACGAAAUGGUGUCCUUUUUACGAAACUAUGAAAAUUUGGGCCGCAUGAAUAUAUCUGAUUUCACAGUCAGCAGUACAUUGUUGUUUAUAUGGUUUUGUAUGCAUCAUUUAAUGUAAGGAUCUCUAUUGUCAUCUGGAAUGACAUCAUGAUUGAUAUUGAUAGUACAUUUUUGUGUAAUGUGAUGCUUUCCUGUAGAAGGAAUAAUUUUACAUGCAUAUUUCACAAAUUUAAUAAAAUACUGAGUCAGCGAAUGGAUCUACAA